CAGGUCGCCGCGGGCUCGGAGCAUUCUUGUGCUCUCAUGCAGACUGGAGACAUCUACACGUGGGGUCGCAACGUGGACUUCCAACUUGGGCUGGGCCACCAACACACCUGCUCCUCACCUCAGCACGUCAAGAGCUUGAGAGGCAAGAAAGGUCUCAUGAUAACGUCUGGUUCCAAUCACAACUUGGCCUGGGUCCUCCUUGAUGGGAGGAAGGCCAUCAUGGCGUGGGGAAACAAUGCUCACGGACAAUGCGGAAAUGGUUCGACAGACGCCCACAACAUGCAGCAGCUUGCAGACUCUCUCCAGAAACAUGCCGUCAGCCGCCUUGCCGCAGGUCAAAGUCACAGCGCUGUCCUGACCGGCGACGGGAUCUUGUGGGUAUGCGGGAGUUCUCGCCAGGGUCAGCUGGGGACAGGAGACGUGAGCUCAUGCGGCUAUCCUCGUCCCCUCUCUUGCCUGCCGCCCCCAGGAGUGUACAGGGUCUGGGCGUGCGGGAGUAACCGCAAUGGCGUGCUAGGAGCGGGAAAUGACGGCCUAAGUGAGCUUCACGCCUCCUCCUCCUUCCUCCUCACUGAUCGCCGUCUCCUUCUAGAGCUCAGCUUCAGCCCCUUGGAGGUCGCCAGCGUCUCCAGCUUCAGCCCACGGCAAGUCCAGUGCGGGAGCGAGCAUGUGCUUCUCUUCUGCGCCGAAGGCUUUGCGUUCGCCUGGGGCAGCAACGCGGCAGGUCAGCUCGGAGUCACGAACCGCAUC